AUGAGUGGAAAUACAUCAGCUUCUGGUGUUUUAUUAAGAUCCAACGGGGAAGAAUUGUCUCAUAGGGUUAAACGACACCCACAGGCACCUAGUGGGACAUCGUUAACUGAUUCUGACCUUGAUGAAAUAAUCGAGAAGACGCUGAAUUUAGAUAUCAACGGAUCAGGCAACUUGAAUAAACUAUACCCCAUAUUCACACAAUAUAUUACCCCUUUGAUCCUUACAGCACUAUCUGCAUACGUGCGGUUAUAUCGAAUCGAAUUAGCAAAUAGAGUAGUUUGGGAUGAAGCUCAUUUUGGACAAUUUGGAUCACAUUAUUUACAGCAUGAAAUGUAUUUUGAUGUUCAUCCACCUUUAGGGAAACUAUUAGUCGGGCUUUCUGGAUAUUUGGCCGGGUAUGAUGGGAAGUUUGAUUUUAACAGUGGUAAAGACUAUCCAGAAGACAUGAAUUAUGUACUCAUGAGAAUAUUUAAUUGUGUCUUUGGGAUUCUUUGCACUCCAUUGGCCUACAAAACUUCCACAUUAGAAUACAUUACUCAUUGGGUGGUCAGAAUAAUUGCUUUGAUAGUUGUUCCAAUUUCAAUUUAUAUGGUUGUUUUUAAAAUCCAUUUUACUGUUUUAAAUCAUACGGGGCCCGACGAUGGAUCCAUUUCAACUUUGUUGCAGGCAUCUUUAAAAGGAAAUGAUCUUAUCUCAGGCCCGCGAACAGUGGUAUAUGGCUCAUUAGUAACAAUAAGAUCCCAAGGGUUAUCACCGAGAUUAUUGCACUCUCAUUUACACAACUAUCCCGAAGGAUCAGGCGAGCAGCAGGUAACAACAUAUGGUUUUAAAGACGAGAACAACGAAUUUGUUUUUGAGUUCGAUGUAUCAACGGCAAUGAGCGGGGUAUCUGCAGGGAGGGACUGCUUGAACAACGAGACGGUUACCGAAACGACAGAUUGUAGAAAACCCAUACAAGAUGGAGAUACUAUAAGGAUACGCCACGGCCCCACUGGUCUCUAUUUACACCCUAAUGCACUUCCAGCUCCUGUUUCGAAGAGCCAUUAUGAGGUGUCUUGUUUUGGAGAUUUAGCAACUAACGAUUUCAGGGAUGAAUGGAUAAUUGAAGUACAAGCUCAAGAUCAAUCACCUUCGCCUUUAUUCGCGAAUGAGAGUAUGGAAGAAGUACAUCCGAUAUCGACAAAUUUCAGAUUAAGGCAUAAACAGCUUGGAUGUUAUUUAGCAACUACUGGAUUUUCGUAUCCCGGAUGGGGAUUUAAACAAGGGGAAGUGGUUUGCAAUCACCUUGAUAAAGUGGAACAAGAAUUUGUCCCUCCAUCUCCUAGAUUCUGGAAAGAAUUUGUAUUGCUUAAUUAUGGAAUGAUGGCGUCAAAUAAUGCCUUGGUGCCAGAUCCCGACAGAUAUGACAAGCUUAGUUCUGAAUGGUGGGAAUGGCCAAUAUUGAAAACCGGAUUGAGAAUGUGUAGCUGGGGUGCAGACGAUUUGAAAUUCUUUUUAAUGGGUAACCCCUUUGUAACUUGGCUCUCGUGUGUUUGCUUAGUUCUAUUCAUGAUGUACAUGUUGAAAAUGUGUUUUGAGUACCAAAGACAAAUUAGCGGACUUCAUGUCUUUGAUACUUCUUGGAAUAAUGUGAUAGGUCAAGGAAUUUUGCCAUUUAUUGGUUGGUGUCUUCAUUAUUUUCCUUUUAUUAUUAUGGGGAGAGUAACGUACUUGCACCACUAUGUGCCAGCUUUAUAUUUUGCAAUCUUUGUUAGUGGCUUUGUGGUGGAGCAAAUACAAUCAAGAUUUCCAAAAUCAAUACGAUAUUUGUUUUACUUGCUAUUGUAUGUUGGUGUCAUUGGUACAUUUUGGCAUUUCCGAGCUUUCUCUUUCGGAAUGGAAGGAUCGGCAAAGAAUUAUCAACAUUUGAAGCUAUUGAAAACAUGGUUAAUCUAG